UAUAUAUAUAGUUCCUUGGCAGAAGAGCAGUUUCUCUAUGGUGAAGUGAUAUUCCAAGCUCAAGCCAUAUCUCCAUCUUCUUCUGCAGCUGAAUGAUUUUGCUAGUGAAGUAGUUCCUGGAGUGUGCCAAGGUAUUUCUAUGGUCGGACUCGGAAUAACAAAGAGAUGGGCAAGAAAUCAAGUUGGUUUUCUGUUAUAAAAAGAGCCUUCACUUCAAGCUCCAGGGAUAAAUUUGUUGAUGCAAGAGUUCAGAUCCAAGGUUCAGAGAAGAAACUCACAAAGGAGAAGAAAAGGUGGCCUUUUGGAAAAUCCAAGCAUGGUGAAACCAAUUCCUUCAUUCCCCUGCAGAGAGAACCAAGCAGCAUCGAGAAGAUCUUGGAAGAUGCUGAGAGUGAGCAGCAGCAGCAGGACGGAGUGCACUCAAGGCCCUCCAAGAAGGUUCAACAAUCUAUACCAGCUGCAAGAAAACAAACAAUGAUCCCAAACUACGCUCAUAUUUCAGCAAUCAAGAUUCAAGCAGCCUAUAGAGGUCAUCAGGCUCGGCGGAGCUACCACACACUGAAGGGGCUAAUGAGACUUCAAAGAGCCAUGAGAGGGCAGAAUGUGAAGCGCCAGACGAUGAACACAAUGAGAUGCAUGCAGAUGCUUGUUCGAGUACAGCUGCAGAUACGAGCUAAUAGGCUGCAGAUGAUGGAGAGCAGAAGUCUUCAACUCCACAAGACUUCACCAAAGUGUGAGAAGGACACGGAGAGCAACUUCGGCAAGUGGAGUGCUGCUCACCAAACUGAAGAAGAAGGCCGUGAAGAAUGGGAUGAUAGCGUUCUCACAAGAGAGGCUCUGGAAGCAAGGAUGCGGAACAAGGUCGAGGCAGUCAUCAAGAGGGAGAGGGCAUUGGCCUAUGCUUACACCCACCAGCUACUGAAGGUGACGCCCAGGUCGGCCGAGGCCAUGCUGACCGGCCUCCGCUCCGGCAGCGCACCCUGGUGGUGGACAUGGCUCGAGAGCCAACACCCCUCCUCCGACAACCCCGAACCGGCGCCGCCUGUCCGAGCGCCGCGUCCUCAAACGCCGCGCUCGCCGGCCGCCAUACGUCCCAGAGCCACACCCGGCCCCCGCCGGCCGCACCGCGGCCACUACACGCGCCUGAGGCCCGCGGACGCCGACGACGCCAGCCUCACGAGCUGCCCGACCUUCGCCGUGCCCAACUACAUGGCGCCCACCGCCUCGGCCAAGGCCAAGGUGAGGAACGACCGCGCGUUCGUGUCUGUGCAGGAGCCGAAGAAGAAGCGGUUCUCGUUCGGGUUGGGUCAGAGCAUAGGCUCCCUGUUUGCCGGCAAGGAAACCAUUAGCGGUGGCGGGUGUUGUGGAUCAAAGAGCACGGGAAGACAAGGGAGGCACAGGUCCACGCAGUCUGUGGGCGGCAUGAGCGUGGACUCCAUUGUGUCGCUGCCCGUGGGAGCUGUUGUCGGCAGGAGGAGCAGCUUCAUAUAGUUUUGCUGGUUGGGAGUUACGUGAUUCCUUCCUUCUGUUCUUGUUGUGAUUUCCUACAGCCUUGUUCAUGUUUCUGGUGUUCAUCUCCUUGUCAUUUAUGUUGCCUUGUUGCUUGUUUGGGAUUGUUUUGUAGUUCUGGUCUUGAUUAAUCUUCUCAACAAAACAACAAAAACAUCUUUUGUUUAUGACAGCAUGUUU